GAUUACACACACACAAUCGUCGUCGCACUCUCCUCCCAGAUUCUUCUCCGGAGCGAUCAGAUUCACCGACGAGAUCUUUCAAUCGGAGGAACCAUAAGCUUAUAGCUACAGUAUAUAUAUAGAUAGAGAUAUAGAUAGAGAGAGAGAGUGCUCCCCUCUCGUCCAGUAUUAGGGUUUUAAUAGAAGCAAGAAGAAUUCACUACUAGAACAAGAACAAAGGAAACAAUUAAAAAUGUCGGGUCUCCGUCGAUCGUCGAGUUCAUCGAAGAACAUCGGUAAUUGCCUCCCUUCCAAGGAACUUCUUGAUGAUCUCUGCAGUCGAUUUGUUUUGAAUGUUCCUGAAGAAGAUCAACAGUCAUUCGAGAGAAUUUUGUUUCUGGUGGAGUAUGCUUAUUGGUACUAUGAAGAUAAUGCUGUUGAGAAUGAUCCAAAGCUUAAGUCCUUGUCUUUGAAAGAGUUUACUUCGCUCUUAUUCAACAGCUGUGAUGUGUUGAGACCUUAUGUUACUCACAUCGAUGACAUAUUUAAAGACUUCACUUCUUACAAGUGUCGAGUUCCCGUCACUGGGGCUAUUAUCCUGGAUGAGACAUAUGAACGGUGCUUGUUGGUGAAGGGAUGGAAAGGAUCGAGCUGGAGCUUUCCCCGCGGGAAGAAGAGCAAGGAUGAAGAAGACCAUGCUUGUGCCAUCCGUGAGGUCUUAGAAGAAACUGGAUUUGAUGUCUCAAAACUCCUCAAGAAAGAAGAAUAUAUAGAGUUUGUAUUCAGACAGCAAAGAGUACGACUAUACAUAGUUGCUGGGGUGACAGAGGAUACAGUUUUUGCACCACAGACAAAGAAGGAAAUCAGUGAAAUCGCAUGGCAUCGGCUUGAUCAUCUUCAGCCAGCAAAUAAUGAGGUGAUAUCUCAUGGAGUUUCUGGCCUCAAAUUGUACAUGGUGGCACCUUUUCUUUCGUCAUUGAAGUCGUGGAUAUUAAAACAUCCAUCACCUGUAGCACGGAGACCUAACAAGCCCCUAAAAGCACUCUGCGUGUGGAAUGCAAAGACUAGUGUUGGAGGGAACGGGACAGCAAUAGUGGAAAGCCACAAUAGAAAACCUGAACUCAAGACAACAACAGUGGAAAGCCACAAUAGAAAACCUGAACUCAAGACAACAACAAUUGAAAGCCACAAUGCAAAGCCUGAACUCAGGACAGCAACAACGGAAAGCCACAAUGCAAUGCCUGAAGUCGACCAUUCUCAAGAUGUAGUCGCUCAAAGCAGUUUCACGAGCUUCAAGUUUGACAUGUCAGCUAUCAGACAGGCGAUAGAAUCUGGUUUUUCAGCUUGACUGGUCGGUCGGUCAGUCAGUCAGUCAUAUAUGGGUUGGAUUGGUAUUGGGAGUUAUGAUGCGGUUGGGAUGGUGGGUUUGUCUAUAGCAAAACCGUUGGAUAUGUUAAUACGCUUGUACCUUUUCUUUAUUUCUUCAGUAUUUGGUUUAUGUCUCUUGUUUCUUCUUCUAGAAUGAAAGGGUUGUUGUAAAUGAUGGAUAGUUGGAGACUGGUAAAUCCUUUGGAUCAUGGCUUUAAAUGACAAUGGUUACGACCAGCUAUAAAGGUUAAAGGAGCUUCUAACCC